CCUCAAUUACACAUUCCUGUCUAACGGUAUGUAGUCGUUUCGUACCGCACCUUCAGCAACAAAUAUUGCGUCCGUACCGUGUGUUGUGUUUGUACAGUAGUUUUAGUGAGUGAAAAAAAGGAAUUUAACAUUGAUUCAUUGAGAAAAAUCGAAUAGUAAGGGGAUGGCAUGACAUGAAAGAAUAGCAUUUCGUCCAAAUUUAAACGAUUAUGGAGUGGUCUACAGGUGAUUUGAUAUGGUUCGAUCCAGGAGUUGGCCAUUGGCUUCCGGGAGAAGUCUUGGAAUGCCAUCGGGCAGCAAAUGUGCUUACUGUGCAAGCAGUAAUAAAUGGAAAGUCUCAAACGUUCGCCUUGACUGGAGGCGAGGGUUCGGUUCGUCGGCGUCAAGACCUGGGGACGUCAGGCGUGGAAGACAUGACUCAACUGACAGAUCUUCACGAAGCUGCCUUAUUAUGGAAUCUGAAACUUCGAUACGACCGGAACCUCAUAUACACGUACGCGGGAAGCAUUCUUGUGGCCGUUAACCCAUACCGGAUGUUCGAUUCCAGUUACGGAAUCGAACAAGCACAGAAAUACAAAGGGAAGUUGAUUGGUGCGUUACCACCCCAUCUUUUCGCACUGGGAGCGGCUGCUUACGCCGGAUUACCUGCGCCACAGGUUGUUGUUAUCAGCGGAGAAAGUGGAUCUGGCAAAACCGAAUCCACAAAACUAGUCAUGCAAUAUUUAGCAGCAGUAGCACCUUCCGGCCCAAGAGGUCAAACGUUAGUGACCGAGCAGAUUCUAGAAGCAGCACCCUUACUGGAAGCUUUCGGAAACGCUAGAACAACUCGGAACGAUAACAGUUCUCGAUUUGGAAAAUAUCUGGAAGUCUAUUUCAAAACCGGGGCCAUAGUAGGAGCUAAAGUUACACAGUACUUAUUAGAAAAGUCUAGAAUAGUGACGCAUGCUCCUGGAGAAAGGAAUUAUCAUGUUUUUUACGAACUUCUGGGAGGAUUGAAUAAUACAGAGAAGCAAAAGUAUGGGUUGGUUGAUGCUGACAAAUACUUCUACUUAAACCAAGGAGGAACGGAUUGCUCCGCUGGCCACUCCGGAACUGGAGCUGAUUGGGCAACACUAACUAAAGCCAUGCAGGUUUUGGGAGUCGGUGACUCUGAACUGGAUGGCAUUGUUAAAGUUCUUGCAUCCGUUCUGCAUUUAGGAAAUAUAUAUUUUCAUCGUCGACAAUUAAGGCAUGGACAAGAGGGUGUUGAAGUGGGAUCUGAUGCUGAAAUUAAAUGGGCUGCACACUUAUUACAAAUAUCUCCGUCGGGACUUCAAAGAGCCUUGACCACAAGAAUGACCGAAGCGAGGGCAGAAAGGGUACAUUCUCCAUUAACCAUUGAUCAAGCUCUUGAUGCUCGAGAUGCAUUUGCUAAAGCACUUUAUUCGGCUUUGUUUAAUUGGUUGGUGGCAAGAAUAAAUUCGAUAGUACAAAGAGGAGGUUUGCACGAUGCCGCCAGGAUUUGCCUUUUAGACAUAUUUGGAUUUGAAAAUUUUUCCGAAAAUUCAUUCGAACAACUGUGUAUCAACUUUGCGUCCGAAUCUCUGCAGUUAUACUUUAAUAAACAUGUAUUUAAGCUUGAACAACAGGAAUACGCCAGAGAAAAGUUAAAAUGGUCUCCACUGACAUGGAUUGAUAAUACACCCGUGAUUCACUUGUUAGCGAAGAAACCUGUUGGAAUUCUUCAUCUAUUGGAUGACGAAAGCAACUUUCCCAAAGCUUCCGAUGCGUCCUUUUUAGAAAAGUGCCAUUAUAAUCAUGCUCUAAACGAAAAUUAUUGCAGACCAAGAGUAGGAGGUAGAGAAUUUGGGAUACGACAUUUUGCUGGGCAAGUGUGGUAUUCCGCGGAGGGAUUUUUAGAAAAAAAUAGAGACGUAUUAAGACCAGAAGUGGUGGAAUUAUUAGCUUCAAGUAAAGAACCAUUAGUCAAUGCAUUCGCUAAACCACUUUUAACCCAAGCUCAAACAAGAACUCUUCCUCGAGGAACAGACGGAAGAUUCGUCACCAUGAAACCGAGAACUCCAACAGUUGCAGCAAGGUUUACAGACAGCUUACAUCAAUUAAUUGAAUCGAUGAGCAAGUGCAACCCAUUAUUUAUACGCUGCAUUAAACCAAACAACGACAAGCAACCUAUGAAGUUUGACAUGCCGACAGUUCUGGAGCAGUUGAGAUACUUGGGAAUGUUGGACACCAUUCGAAUACGACAAUCUGGUUAUCCGAUUAGAAUGAAAUUUCAACAUUUUGCUGAAAGAUUCAGGUAUCUUCUUCCUGGUGGAAUACCACGUGGAGCUCCAUUUAAAGACCUAUGCAGAAGUAUUUUGGAGCAAAUGCCUCCCACUGGAACAGCUGGUCCAGACUAUCAACUAGGAGCUACGCGAAUUUUCUUGCGCGAAAGUUUGGAGCGUCAACUUGAAAUAGCCAGAAACGAAAUAAUCAAAGAUUCGGCAAUUACAAUUCAAAAACAUAUUAAGGGUUAUCUAGAACGGAAAAAGUACAAACAGCUUCAAAAAAGCGCCGUCACCAUCCAAAAGUAUUGGCGUGGAAAAGCUCAAAGGGAAAAGUACAGAAAAAUUCGGAAAGGGGUUAUUAAAACUCAAGCCCUUUAUCGGGGACGCAAGGAGCGGAAACGAUAUGCGCAAAGAAAAGCAGAAUAUAAAAGGAGAAUGGAAGCAGAAAGGUUAGCGCAGGAAAGGGCUAAACAAAGAGCAGCCAGGGAGCAGGAGCAAAUGAAGCAAAUGCGUCAACACCAAGAGAACGAGAAGCAGAUGCAAAGUUAUCAUUUGCAACAGCAACAACAACAACAAAGAUUGGUAAAGGGAAACAUUCACCAUCUAGAAAUCCCUGCAGAGCUAGCAUUUGUAUUUUCAAAACUUGACAGUUACGUGCCUCCCCACACGGAGAAAAAUUUGAUAAAGGUUGUGGGUGGAGUCACUGGAUCAGAACAACAGUUAGAACUGCCUAGCGAUCUCAAGCAAUUUGACUUUAAUAAAUUUAACUCAGUCUACCUAAAAGGAACUGAGUUUGGAUACAGAAAGGACCCCAUAUCUGCUCCGUUUCUUUCGAAAGCAGCAGCUAAAGACAAAGACUUCCAGGAUUCCGUGGCACUGUUUAAACUUAUUCUCCGAUGGUCUAAUGAUGCCCAAUUGAGUGGAUCAAGAGAAAAAGCUUUAGCAGAUUAUAUAGUUCAUAAGGGUCUCGGAUCAAGAGGAUUGAGGGAUGAAUUGCUAAUUCAACUAUGCAAUCAGACAAAGAACAAUGAUAAUUCAGAAAGAAUUUGGCAAUUAAUGGCGCACUGUCUCAGCUGCUUCCAACCAAGCCUUCCAUUAAGCAAGUACCUCUUGAAAUAUAUUACGGACUAUGCUACACCCUCGUAUAGAGAAAUUUUACAAAGAAAACUUCAAAAAGGACUUCAUAAAUCUCCUCAUUCCCGGGUGUAUCCUCCAAACUUCUUGGAAUGGAGAAGUACCCGACAACACACAAACAUGGCUCUUGCUUUAACUUUACCUGAUGGUACAGUUAACACCGUUAGUGUCGACUCAUGGACUACAUGCGAAGAGGCUGCAUCACUAGCAAUAAAUGUGCUGGGCAUUCCUCCUGAUGGCUGGUCUGUAUCGUUAGAUGAUGCAGGUAUUGUGAAUGAUGGAAAUGGUUUAGACUACAUUUUGGACUUUAUUUCUGAAAUGGAACUUUGUCCAGCAUUUCCAGCAACGAAGUCUAAUCUGCUCAAAAGCGGAGUACGCCGCUCGUCUCCUACUGAAGUGGACCAUCAUAUUAGUGGUAGUCCAACAAGACCUCAGGUGCCACCUCCUGAACCUCCUGUUGCUCAAAAUCGCAAAAUAUCUCGCGAUUCAGUAACGGAAAUAUCACAAAACAUCUUACAAACAGUUCAAUCUAGUUCAAGGAAAUCUUCUCGUAAUACGAACCACGAAUACUCCCCUCAAAGAGAUUCACCAGGACUGGUUAGUACUCCAACUCGAAAACCAUCGCACGAAGCACUGUCACGUAACUCAGCUUUAAACGAACGCUACUUUGACAUUGAGAAGAUUAGGUCGCGCAGCUUGGAUAAUCUUCUUAAUGAACCAGAACCUACACCAUUAGCUAACUUGGGUCUAAGUCACUCAAAGUUAAACGACAGGUACCAUUCUGUUGAACAGUUAGCUCCAAUUAAACCUGUUCUUUCGAACAAUAGUUACAUGGCCAAACAGGAAAUGGAUUUUGAAUAUCAGGAUGCUUCGAGCGUUAGCACAUCCAACAGAGGAGGUCCAAGAUAUAUAAAGUCUCACUAUUCCGGAAAGAAAGCACCUCCAGGAUCGCAAAGCAGCAGAGCGGUAAUCGAAAAAACAGAAUUCACUGUGAGAAGUUCAGCAAUGUCUGAUACAAGUGAAGCGCCAAGUUUGGCUAGUCAUGUGAGGAGAGUUAGGGUCCCUAGUCAGGCCUCAGAUGUUGAUCAGUUUUUAGAUGAGUUGUUCAGUCCAGUACUGGAUGGAAAUCUCGACGAAUUGAGCGAUGCAAGAUCACUAGCUGCGAGUAUCAAAGGGUGUGGAGAUGCACAAAUGGAAGAAACUGAAAGCUAUCAUGAUGCCUACACUGACUUCGUUAAUGAUGUCUUAGGUGAUACCGAUUCUCUGGACGAUUUCGAAUUGUCAGAUCCUUCAGCGAUGGUUCAGAAAAUUAAAGGAGGCGGUCAAAAGAAUAUUCCAGAAAGUGGAACAAAGCAAGGAAAAGUUGUUUUCCAAAACGGGGAUAACGCUGAUAUGGAAAACAUUUCCGGAAACGUAGACGAUUACAUUAGUGAUUUAUUUAGGCCGAUUUUUAUCAACGACAGCGUUAAAAUGCUUGGGGAAAAAGAAACAUUAGUAGAAAGCAUUAAAGGCGGUGGAACGACUCAUCAGUCAAAUAUUCCCAGCGGUUCCGGAUACAAUUUCACCCCAGUUACAACUCCCUUAGUAUCUCCUCAACCACUCAUGAUGCCUAUGCUAGGUGUUCCCGGACAAGAUUCUUUUGUGCCCAUGUAUAAUCUUCCCUUAUCUCCAGACGCGGAUUUAACAUCUUAUCAACAGAAUCUUCAACGAGCCUUUCUACAGUCCGCUAUGGCUCAGAAUAUACAAAUUCAGCAACAACUGCUCGCUCAAAAUCAAGCUCUUCAACAACUUCUCAGUCAGCAAGUGCCAGGAACGGAGGUGAAGUUGACUGAAACUGUUCAAACCACCCUAAAAGCUGAAGUUCAUCAAACAAACAAUAACGAAAGGAAGUCAAGCAAAGCUGGGGUUUCUGGCAAUAAUAAACUGGCAAUUCAGAAUGGCACUUCCUCAGAAAACAAAAUCCGCAAAGGCAGUACUGAAUCAAAUGUUAGUAUAAUAAGUAGGGGUGGAGUUCCGCCACCUCCGCCAAUGCCUCCACCGUUACACGAAUGUGAUCCAUCCGAGGUAAGACCAUUUAUGGAUCCAUAUGGAAGAGCCAAGACAGUUAGAAUUGGCAAAUGGAGAUGGCCACCACCAAAAGAUGGGAAUGAACAAGAGAACGGUGAAGAUUUUAUGCACUUCAAAUUAAGACAGCACCAACGAAAAAUUACUCCCAAUAAAGAGCAAUUAAUUGUUACCAAUGGGUAUAUAAACGAAAACUCUCCACAUCAAAGAUCUGAAAGUUUUCGAAGCCAAAAAUAUGAGAGCCACAAUAUUAGGGAAAGUUUUAAGAAAACUGAAAAAUCUUACAAUCACAAAUCGGAAAAUUACCACAGCCAUAAAGAAAACGGUCAUUACAAAUCUGAUCAACAUCACUCUUCUCAACAACAACCCGCUGAAUGGGAUGAACUCGAGUUUGAACCGUCCAUAAAAGAAGUCGUGCGACAUACAAGUAAACAAUCUUCGAGAAGAAGUUAUGAAGUUGGUGCUGCCAGGCCAACACCAGGAAGCAUAGGGAAAUUAAAACUUAGUUCAGAAAUGAAACAACGACUGGAAAUUGUUACUGCGAGCCAUUCCGUUAGAUCAACAAGUAGUAAUGUAGAGAGUUCGUCUCGCAAAAUUAACAAAUUAGAAGACACAAGGAAAAUGAUGCUGGAACAACAAUUGGCAGGACGUUGGGGGGAUUCUGUUGAUAGUUCUGGCCUUACAAGUGAUCCUCCGAGUCCAGAAUUGCCUCCCCACAGUCCUCGAGAAAACUGGACAAGGUCGAAUUGGAAACCAGGACCUCCACCUCCGCCUAUUGGUCCACCCAAUAUACCUCCUGCACCUUCCAGUCCGGCCCCGCCACCUCCUGUAAAACCUCAGCAACCACCGCCUCCAAUUGAGCCAGUCAGGGAUUCUUUUAUGGCUCAAAGGCAAGACAGAGAUACAUUUGGAGUACAUCAGAAUCAAACAGUUUCUGGUAAUUCGAAAAGAAAUUCGUUCAGUGCCAACUGGGAUAUUCAGAAUUCGUUUUCACAAAAGACUUCUGAAGAAACGAACUGGACCAAGGACAUCGAAUCGAAUCACAACGAAAGGCCUACCAGAAAAUCAAGUUGGGAUCAAAGUGAGGUUAGCAUCUCGGUGGACAAAGUACGAAAAUUAUCACAAAAGAAUUCGUUUGAGAAAUGGGAAACGGAAGAAAAAGCAGCUGACCAGAAACAAAAACCAAGUCAAUUCGUAAAAAGGGAUGAGCCACACGAAAGACCUACGUUCCGUACACAUCAAAUGAGCAAGAAUGCAAAGGAGAAGGAGAAACGACUAUCAGUGUCUACAGUUCACACAGAAAAAUUGGAAGGAUCUGAAUGGCCAGAAUUCAUGAGACCCAUUAAGACUCCACCACCUCAAAAGCCAUCCCAGAACAACCCCGUGGAAAACAACCACGAAAACACAUUAAAAUCACCUUCCAGAUUUACCCCAUUGGGUGCAUCCCCCUCAUUGGCAUACAACAGAGUACCUUGGUCUUUACGAGUACGAAAAGAAGUUUUUACACCGGCAGAACCCCUUGGACCUUUACCUGCCAUCCAUCUUAUGUUCUGUCAGGUUGUUAACGAUGUAUUCGGCGUAACAUCGUGCCUGAGACUGAGUCAAAGCGAUAGGAAAGCUGGGAUGAAUAUGCUUUCCGGGUAUGGGGUAAAACCGGAAAAUGUAAGUUCGCAGCAUAGAGGAAAUGUGAAGAGGAGCGUUGUGGAAUUGGCAAGGACUUGGCCCUUAUACUUUGCAAGAUUAUUUCCUGUUUCUGGAGCUGCACAGCUAUCCGAUGUCCAAAUUUUGGCUGUGUCCCAUUGGGGUAUUCAUCUUGUAAAGAGGGAAUCUAAUCACCUCGAUGUACUUAGAUCAUUUCCUUUGAGUAACAUCUCGUCAGCCACAGCCCCAAGACCAACAACAAUUACCAUAGAGACUACUCAUGGCAGAUUAACUCUGCACUCACCAAAAUCCCAACAACUUUCAGAAAUGAUCACAACAUUCUGUUCUGAAAAUAGAAAGGUUCAAGCCAAAGCAAGUUCGCCGCCCCAUAAAAGUUUAGCAGUAGAAAAACCUGAACGCAUUCGAGAAGUUAAUUCCAGAUCACCGGAAAGGCAUCUCAGUCCCCAAAGAAACCAUCAUGAAAGACCACAAUCACCAUCAACGAGUCCGGUACCACCUUCUGGAAAAUAUUCUCUGCUUCAAUUCGCCAUGCAACGAUUUCGGCAAGGCUCAGAAUUGAUAGAAAAUCCAACAAAAUCAAAGGACAAACACAAAGAUUGGACAUGGAGACAACUUACGGAUUUAAUUAAAUGGCAAAAUACGCCAUUGGACGGACCCCUUUUAAGAUUAGACGAUCCAGAAUUAACUCCAUUAGCAUGUGAAUGUUUUGAAUGUAUAUUGAGAUACUGUGGAGACCUCCCGUUCACCUCCGAUAUGACAGAAGUCAAAUGUGUCUACACGGUAUUAAUGCAUUGUCACAAGCACAUCCAAUUAAGAGACGAAGUCUACUGUCAACUGAUGAAACAAACAACGAGUAACAAAUCUGACAAUCCAGACUCAUGCCAAAGAGCUUGGCGACUCCUUUCGGUAGUGGCCGCUUAUUUUGCCUGUUCCGAAACGUUAAAGCCGUAUCUGAUGGAACAUCUCUCCAGCGCAGCAUCCGAUCGUCGACGAAUUUGCCAUGGAACAGCCGCGGUCUGUCUUUCCAAUCUCAGAAAAACCCAAAGAUGUGGAGGUAGGAAGAACGUUCCGUCGGUUGAAGAAGUGACUGCUGUAAGUGCUGGAAGAAGCGCCCGAAGGCAAAUUUAUCGACUUCCUGGGGGCGCAGAACGGGUAGUCAACACCAGGUGCAGUACGGUUGUUGCAGAUGUGAUAGCAGAACUUUGUAACGUAAUUGGAAUUACCAACAUUGAGGAGCAACAAGAGUUCAGUUUAUAUUGUAUAGUUCAAGGAGAUGCCUUCACAAUGCCAUUGGCUGCCGAUGAAUAUAUACUUGAUGUUACCACAGAACUCCAAAAAGCCGGCCAACCCUUUUAUCUCAUAUUCUGUAGAUCGGUUUGGUACUAUCCUCUGAAACAUGACACAAGUCCACUCUACACAGAGGUACUGUUCAACCAAGUGGCUCCAGACUAUCUAGAAGGACUUUUACUUAAACUUGGGGCCCCAAAUCUUUCUCCGAGCGCCGUCAGAGAUAUAGCUCUGGUGGCAGCUCUUCUUCACAGAUCAGCUGACUUAACACAUUCCCCAAGUUUAAAGGAAGUGAAGUUUCUGCUUCCUAAACCCGUUUUGGCUAUAAGAGAACCGAGACCACCCCAAUGGUUGGCACUUGUUCAAACCUCUUGGGGCCAGGCGGCAGGACUAUCGCUUCCAAGGGCAAAACAUCGAGUUCUGCAGGUUCUCAGCAAUUGGCCGUUGUUUGGAAGCUCCUUCUUUGCCGUUAAACGUGUAAUUGGAGACAUUGACCACUGGCAAGAGUAUAUUUUGGCGUUGAACAAGAAUGGUGUUCACUUCUUGGACAUGGCAACCCACGAAACUGUCCAUCACUGGCCUUUUGCCGAAGUAAUUUCAACGAGGAAAGUACGAUCAGAAGAUGGCGCCCUGUUUCUUGAUAUGAAAUGUGGAAAUCUACUUCAACAGAAAGUGACCAGGUUGCAAACCGAACAAGCCCACGAAAUUUCCAGACUAGUGAGACAAUACAUAAACUUAGAGCAAGUCAAUAACGAUCGACAUAAUUGAAUUAGUUUAUAAAGUGUGCAAUGUAUUGUUAAUCCCAUUUAUUAAAGAAGAUAAUGAAGAUUGACUCAGAUGUAAGUUUCUCUCAAAAUGCUCAUAUUCUGGAUUUACAUAUGUAUGUAUUUAUUUUUUUCUAGAGUAUACUCGAUAUACAAUAUUACGUUAUUGGAACUGUUUUUGUUUUUCAUAAAGAAAGACUUUGUAUUUUUUGUAAUUAUUUACAGAUUAAUAAACGCACGAAUUAAA